AUGCUCGAACCCAUUGGGAACCAGUACGUGGUGGCCAGGCCGGUGUACUCCGCAAAUGCUUUUGCAGAGGAACAUAAGAAGAAAGACAGACAUCACAAGACAUUGCUGGAUCAUCUCAAAUUGUGUUGUAGAUGUUCCUCCCGGAAGGUCAAGGAGAUUGUCUUCUCUUUAUUACCCAUAGCAUCUUGGUUACCAGGGUACAAGCUGAAGGAAUGGCUGCUCAGUGACAUCGUUUCAGGGAUCAGCACAGGGCUGGUAGCUGUCCUGCAAGGUUUAGCCUUUGCACUGCUGGUCAACAUCCCCCCAGCCUACGGGCUAUAUGCAGCAUUUUUCCCGGUCAUAGUCUACUUUUUCUUUGGCACUUCUAAACACAUCUCUGUGGGUCCAUUUCCGGUUCUGAGCAUGAUGGUGGGAGCAGCAGUUGUGAGACUAGCCCCAGACGACGGUAUAUCCACAGACCCCUCUAACAACUCGACGGGUGAUUCGCUGACAGACAAGAGGAUAAUGGUGGCUGCCUCAGUCACAUUCCUCACCGGAAUCAUCCAGUUGGCCUUUGGCAUUCUCCGGAUUGGGUUCGUGGUGAUCUACCUGUCGGAGUCCCUGAUCAGCGCCUUCACCACUGCGGCCGCACUCCACGUUGUGGUCUCCCAACUCAAAUUCAUGUUGCAGCUGACAGUCCCGGCACACACCGACCCAUUUUCCAUUUUCAAAGUACUUGAGUCCAUAUUCACACAAAUCCGGAAGACCAACAUUGCAGACCUUGUGACGUCAGUGAUCAUCGUCCUGAUCGUGUUUGUGUUUAAAGAAAUAAACGAGCGCUUCAAAGCCAAGCUUCCCGUGCCCAUCCCCAUUGAGCUCAUUGUGACCGUGAUUGCAGCAGGCUUGUCCUACGGCUGUAACUUCCAACAGCGAUUCAACGUGUCUGUGAUCGGGAAGAUGGAGAAAGGGUUCCAAGCCCCUGCUGCACCUGACACACAGGUUUUCCAAGAUGCCAUAGGAGACUGCUUCACCAUUGCGAUCGUGGGCUUCGUCGUGGCCUUUUCCGUAGCCAGCGUCUAUUCCCUCAAAUACGAUUAUCGGCUUGACGGCAGUCAGGAGUUAAUAGCCUUUGGCCUGGGUAACAUCCUCACUGGAUCGUUCAAAGGGUUUGCCGGAAGUACCGCCCUCUCCCGCUCUGCGGUUCAGGAGAGCACAGGAGGCAAAACGCAGGUUGCCGGGAUUCUGUCUUCUGUCAUUGUGCUGAUUGUCAUUGUAGCUAUUGGAUUUCUUCUGGAGCCACUACAGAAGUCUGUCCUGGCAGCGUUAGCACUUGGAAACUUAAAGGGAAUGCUGAUGCAGUUUGCUGAGAUAGGCAGACUGUGGAAGAAGGACAAAUACGACUGUUUAAUUUGGAUCAUGACCUUCAUCUUUGCCAUCGUCCUGGGACUCGGAUUGGGUCUGGCAGCAAGUGUGGCGUUUGAACUCCUCACCAUCGUAUUCAGGACUCAGUUCCCAAAAUGUACCACCCUGGCUAACAUCGGAAGGAGCAACAUCUAUAAGAAUAGAAAAGACUAUUCUGACAUGUAUGAGCCAGAAGGAGUGAAGAUUUUCAGAUGUCCAGCUCCUAUCUACUUUGCCAACAUUGGUUUCUUUAAGCAGAAACUUAUUGAUGCUAUUGGCUUCAGCCCCCUUCGAAUUCUCCGCAAGCGGAACAAAGCUUUGAAGAAAAUCCGAAAGCUGCAGAAGCGAGGCCUGCUACAAGUGACACCAAAAGGAUUUAUAUGUACUGCUGAUGGGGUAAAAGAUUCCGAUGAUGAAGAGCUGGACAAUAAUCAGAUAGAGGAGCUGGACCAGCCCAUCGACACCACAGACCUGCCUUUCCAGAUAGACUGGAAUGCUGAUCUUCCUCUCAACAUCACCGUCCCCAAAAUCAGCCUCCACAGCCUCAUUCUCGAUUUUUCAGCAGUCUCCUUUCUUGACGUUUCUUCCAUGAGAGGCCUCAAAUCGCUUUUAAAAGACUUUGUCAGAAUCAAGGUGGAUGUGUACAUUGUUGGAACAGAUGAUGAUUUUAUUGAAAAGCUUUCUCGGUGUCAGUUUUUCGAUGAUGAAGUCCAGGACUCCAUAUUUUUCUUAACAAUCCACGAUGCUGUUUUGCACAUUUUGAUGAAGAAGGAUUACAGUGCUUCAAAGUUCAAUCCCCAUCAGGAAAAGGAAGGCAAAUUUGAUUUUAUCAUAAACACAAAUGGAGGAUUACGUAAUCGGGAAUAUCAGGGCUUAUCCAGUGGACUUAAACACAAGUACAGCAAAAGCAAAAUCAAGAGUAUUUACAUGGUUUAUCGUAAUCAAAAACCAGAAUACCAGCACUCUUCCUAA